AGCAUCCGCGUGAAGGCGCGGGUCAAGUUCUAGUUUAGUGUUAUGGUUAGAGAAAAACUUUUUUUUAGUGCUGAAAUUACAUUAAUAUAUUGUGGUUUUGACACUAUAAUAGUGUUAUGGGUUAGAGAUGUUCUAUUAGGUGAGUUUUUAGGGUAAUUAGAAAUUAAAAAAAAAAUAGGAAUUAACUUAAGCAACGUUCCUAAAUAAGGCACACAAGAACAGUCUCUUGUAAGACACACAAGAACCGUCUCUUGUAAGACACGCGUCAUGUGGGAGGAGAAUUCGAGAGAGAAAAAAAUCAGUCUCAAGUUGAUGCAGAAAAUCUUCCGGCGAUUCAGACCUGAGAUAGGACCUCCGAGUUCUGGGGCAAGAGGAAGAGGAAGAGGGAGAGGGAGACGGAGAGAUUCCUAUUGCAGUUUCUGCUGAGACAGAGUAAUAGCUUUGCGAGUAUUUUAGUUUGGAUCUGUAGUUGGAACUCUUCCGCUUGUGCUUCAGGGUAGGUCUUACCCCCUACAGUCUUCUACAUUUCUGGUUUCAUCACUGACCAAGAGCAAACUCAGCUCCUCAAUCAUAUAUAUGGAGCAUCUGGUUCCAAGUGGAAGACAUUAAAGAAAAGAAGAUUACAGAACUGGGUGUUUUUGUUUUUGGUGGAAACUUUGUUUAAUCCUGUUAAUGGAAGGUGAAAUUCAUGAAGCUCAUCUUGCUAAGGCUCUCUAUAUCAUCACGAUUAGUGACAAAAGGCAGAGCUAGAGGAACACACGCUAGCAUUGACGAUCUCGAGAAUCAGAAGCGGUCUCACAAGAAGAAGCUUGAGCAGUUCUUGAGGAGAGAGCUGCUUGGUGGAGCAGAGAGAAUGAGAAGGUAUGAGCAAUCAUCGACGACAUGAAAUCUUGGUGUCAUUUAUCCUGCAGCUACUCGUGAGUAUGCCCCCAUUGGUUGAAUAGUUAUGUAGAGAUGCAGCGAUCCAAGCUAUAUACAAUGUUCAAUUUUUUUUUAAGAACCCCUAAAUAAUAAACUAGCAUUGGAGGACAAAAUCAAAUUGUUUCCUAACUAAAGUUCUUAAUCACAUUUAAUUACUAAAUUAAUCAAUAAGAGAUCCUAAUGGGGUUCGUAGGUUAAUUAUGCUCUAAACUAUUUUGCCUUUACAAAUAAACCAACGUUUAAUUUAUAAAACGCUGCGUUUCGUUCUUUAAAAGAGAUGACUACGCGCGUUUUGAAGUUCGUUUAAAACAGAAAGUUUGAGAAGAGCGAAAGAAAGAUCAACAAGAAGAAUAUCGUUGCGAUGGUUGAUGAUCAUAACGUUCCGCCGACGAUGGAGGCCAUUCACCAAAAAAUGAUAAUCUCCUUUAUUACUAAGAUCACAUCGUCUUCGAGCGACGUCGCUAGACUCUUUCUUGAAGCUCAUCAAUGGGAUAUCGACGCUGCAGUCUCGGACUUCAACCAAGUCGUUGCCGUCGCAGCCGCCUCCGCCAGGAGAAAUGUUCCAAACUCUAGAGACUCACGUACUCAGUCUUCGAAUCCUCUUCGAGUAGAUACUUCUGUUUCAAUAUCUCCACCGCCGAUACGGUUGCGAUCACCACGGUCUCCUUCUCGUGCACGUAAUCCGUUUAGUAGGGAGGCGAUUCAACGAGCUGGUAACGAUUUCGAUGAACAAGAGAACGAUCGUUUGAACGCUGCUAAGGAAUCAGGUGAUGUAGAAAGAGCUCCUCUACCAUCAUCAUCAAGAAGACUAAAUUCAAGAAGCGUAAGCGAAAUUCUUUCAGAUAAUCCUCAAGUGGUCCGGAACAUUGUCACUAUUUGGAGGAAUGGUUUCACUCUCGAUGAUCAUCCAUUAUCCACAUUGGAUGAUCCGGAUAAUGCAAUCUUUCUUGAGGUCGUAGAAAGCUUGGAGUCACCACGUGUACUCGAUUCUCCAGAGACCAAACAGCGUUUCCUUAUCAAACUCAUUAGGCGUCAACAAGAAGACUUCCCUCAGGAUUCACCAAAACCAUUCCAAGGAGUGGGAAGAACUCUAGCCGAGCCACCAGCUUCAUCCGACUCACUCACCGCAGAACCAACACCAUCAACGGAUCCCACAGCGCCAACGACCUCGAUCAAGGUCAUAUUAGCAGACGGCACGCCCAUUGUCUCCCGGUUCACUACUACUCACCAUACCAUCAGAGACGUUCGAGACUUCAUUGACGCGGCUACACCAGAGGCCUCCAGAGACUACCAAUUACUCAUCAUGGGGACGCAGUUUCCUCCUAAACCACUGACUGACUUAGACCAAACCAUCGAGCAAGCUGGCAUCUCCAACUCUGUUGUCACUCAGAAGUUCUAGACCUUCCUCUUAAGCACAUAAAAGAUCAUAUUACACAUGUUGAUAUCAUCAAAACAUACGCUUUUUUUGGUUUUGACUUACUUCUCUCUAGGCUAAAAGUCUUUUACAUACAGAUACAUGGACCCAUUUUGUUUUGUUUUCUAACUAAAAAGAAACAGAUGUAAACUCAGCUAGUGUAAUAGAUACUUAAUUUUUUGUUUUGG